ACUUGCGCAAACGUUCUCCUGCACUUGUUGAAGUUAUGAACAAGUUAUACUUGAAGGCGGCCGAAAGGAUAGGUAUAGUGGAAGAAACGAAACUCGAACCAACAUUUGAAGAAGGCAUCAAGAAAGUCGAAGCUUACAGAUUGGCUGUUGACAGCGCCUUGGAUGGCCUAGAAGCAAUGAUGCAGCCAAAUCGUCUUGUAGUUGAGACAGGGGCUAUUGUGGCUCCUCCCGGACAGGAUCCCCACGAGGUUAUGGCUGCUGCCUGUACAAAGCUGAGGCAGUACGUAAGCUCUGCCUCUCAGACUCGUUUGGAAAAGAUCAUCACGGCGAUGAAUAAAUUAGCUGAAUCACAACGCUUCUCUCAAACGAAAGGGCGUGCUGCGGUUAGAAGAAUCCGACGUUUUGUAACUGUAGAUAAUCAGCAAAUGAAGGACGAUAUGGAUAAGAUGAAGGAAGGAUUAGAAUUAAUGGAUGUAGCAAGGCACGAGGUAAAGAAUUCCAAGACUAAAGAUGAACUCGAGGAAAAAGGAAUGAUAUACCACAAAUCCGUGAAAGCAUUCAAUGACCAGGCAUCAAAAAUCCAGCUUGUAAUUGACGAGCUCCCAGUAACCAUAUUCACCAAUCAGCGAGAAGUCGUUAAGUUUUUCAUUCAACGAGAGAAGUACCAUUCAACAGCUACUGGAAUUUUGAAAGAAUUAAUAGAAAAGAUAGACAAGAAGUGAUACCAAUUUGUACAGAUAAAUCCGAUCAAUUACAAGUUAAAACAAUCUAGGAAAUGUAUGACUACAAUUCAUUCAAUAAAUAUGCC